AUGGCAGAGCUGAACGCGGAGUCAAAGCGCGUGCACCUGGACGAGGUGCUGGGACAGCUGGGCGCGUUCGGCCGCCACCAGGCCGUCACCAUGGCUAUGCUGGCGCUGGUCUACGCCACGAACUCCAUGUACAACGUCAACUACGUCUUCGCCGUCGGGGACGUCGGCUACAGAUGUCGGAUACCCUCGUGCGACGGGCCUGACGCUCUGUUCAGCGUGCCGUGGCUGAACCAGUCGCAGGAGUGGUCGGACGAGCCGCUCAAGCAGUGCCGGGCGCCCGUGGUCACCGGCUGCGCGCUCUCCAACCGCACCGGGGACGAGCUCUGCACGCAGUGGGUGUACGAGAAGCCGGACAGCUUCACCGCAGAGUUCGGGCUGGCGUGUGACGACUGGAAGCAGACACUGGUGGGCACCGUGCACAGCUUCGGCAACAUGCUGGGCCUGCUCAUACAGGGCCAGAUCUCGGACAGGUUCGGCCGCAAGACGGCGGCGGUGUUCGCAGGCACGAUGGGGGCCGCGCUGGGUCUCACCAAGAGCUUCGCCACCUCCUUCUGGUUCUACGUCGUACUGGAGGCGCUCGAAGCGGCUGUUGGAGACGCGCUCUCUCCCAUGUUCAUGCUGAGUAUAGAAAUAGUGGAGAAAAAGCGUGCUGUUCUAUUCCAAAUGAUUUUACUGAACUGUUACACAUGCGGCCUAAUUGUGAUGCCGUUCAUUGCGUGGGCGGUGCCCUACUGGAGGAACUUUCUACGAGUCAUUUACGCCCCGACACUCCUCAUCCUUACUUACUCCAUCUUCUUGGACGAGAGCAUCCGCUGGCUGUAUAGCAAGGGUAGGAAAGAACGCGCGGUGCAGCUGAUACAGAAGAUUGCGAAGAGGAAUGGCGUGAACAUCGACGGCACCAUGCUGGACAAGCUGGACUACGCAGACGAGGAGACCAAGACUGGCGUCAGCGACAGGAAGUUACUCAUGAAGACGUUCAAAUCAAGAAUUAUGAUGCAAAGGUUCCUGGUGUGCAUGGUGUGGUGGUUCACUAUAACGCUGAUUAACUACGGCAUGAUGAUCAGUGCGGUUCACAUCGCCGGCAACAAGUACGUCAACUUCUCCCUGCUGAUGCUGAUGGACAUUCCCGCCAACGUAUUCUACUGGCUGGCACUCUCCAAGUACAAGAGGAAGAUACCACUCCUCGCAUCCUUCAUGGUUGGGGGGAUAUUUUGUAUCUCACAGCCUUUCGUGCCUAAAGGCUACGCGUGGCUGGGGCUGACGCUGUUCAUGAUGUUCGAGAUGCUGGCCACGUUCUCGUACAACAUCGUGUACAUGUACACGUCCGAGCUGUUCCCCACCUACACCAGGAACUCCAUGCACUCCAUCUGCUCCGCCAUCGGCCGCGUCGGCUCGCUUGUUGCGCCGCAGACACCGCUAUUGAUGUCAUACUGGUAUGGACUUCCAACAUUUCUGUUCGGCGUGACGUCCGUAGUGGCGGGCUCACUGACGCUGCUCAUGCCGGAGACAGCUCGGUCUGAGCUACCCGACACCGUCGCAGAGGCCGAACGGAUCGGACGCAAGCAACUGUUGCCGGAGCAACAAAGUCUCACGCAACGAAACAGGAGACGAAGUUAG